AUGAAUAGUGGUCAGUUAGGUACCAAAACACUAGACCUUUUGGCUCAGUAUGAUAAUCAUAUAUCAGAGAGAGAUAAAUCAAUUGAAUAUAUCGAAAAGCAAAGUGAUACUUACAAUGAUAGUACCAAUAAGCCAGGUUAUGAUGAUCUUUUUAAAGAAAAUAUUAGGUUGAAACUACAGGUACAAGAAUAUGAAGCAGAGAUACGGAGCUUAAAAAAAGCACUUGAAAUUUUAAGACAAAAGGAUGGUAGUGAAUCUGUUGAUAUGAUUAUCAAUCAAGUACAGUUAGAUUCCCAACACUCUCAAACAUUUAAGAAGGAAUUAGUUCUCCCAAUUAGAUCUUUAGAUCGUAAGAAUAAUGCUAAAGAAUUAAAAUUACCUGAGAUUCAAAGUUUACCUCAAAAAAAUGAAUACGAGAUGAAUAUACCAAAGAUAAAUCUACAAGAAACACAUGCAGCAUCAAUCUUUGAAAAUGAUGACUUAAUUAAUAAGAAUGAAAGCUCAGAAUCUUCUAAUAACCCAUUCUUAAAUUCAAAAUCUUCAAAUAUAAAUUUGAUAAAAACCAAUACAAUCAGUUCUAAUUUGGCAAGUCCUGCAACUUCUGUUACAUAUACAACGUCUAGAAUCUCUAUUAAGUCACCCAACAAAUCUAUCCGUUCUCCAGUACAAGAAAGAAUUAGUUCUCCCCAAAAUUCAAACAGAGUAACUUCUGUAAUAAAUAACCAUAUUAGGUCUCCAUUAAAGGAUCGGUAUGAAGAUAAAGAAAUUAAUUUUAAUAUUUCAUCAAGCCAGAUGUUUUUAGAUAAGGGAUUUACAGUUGAUAAUGACCCUAAUCAUAAUGUCAAUUCUAUAGAUGUUGAAUAUUCCGAUUUGGAUGAAAAAAAUGAGCUUAUAAAUAUACAUGAAAGCCCUAUUAGAUAUGUUAAUAAUCCAGAUAAUAAUGCUAAUUCUGAGUUUUUGGAUACUAAACUGGAAUUUUCACCAGCCGCAAAAGCUAGGUUAAACAAUUUUACGCAGCUCUUAGAAGAUUCCUUUGGAUCAACUAAAUUAAAUGAGAGCACAGACGAUGUUAGUAACAACCAAAGUAUUAGUGAGGACAAGGAUGUUUGUGAAGGAGCACGGGCUGAUGCUUUGUUACAUCCAAUUACUAAACAGUUAUCAGCAAGUGCCAACUCUUCACCAUCUUUAAAAAGAUUAGGUUCCCCAGUGUUAUUAGAUCAGAAAACUCAUAAUAGUGUAAAUAGUAAACAUUCUAUUUCGUCAUCAUUACAACAAGAAAUUAUUUCCAAAGAAUCUAAUAUUGUACAGGACAAAGAAGAACAUAAUAAAGAAGUAGUUUCUCUUACAAGCUCAUCAAAGGGUUAUGACACCCUAUUAUCUGCACCUAGCAUUCAUAAAUCUACAACUGAUAAUUCCUAUUCAAAUGACUUGCGUAUGCCUAGUGUGGGUACAAUUAAAUCGAACGCAAAUAGCGUCGUAUCUGAGAUUCCAUUAUUUGUUCAACCUGAAGAUUUUGGUACAAUAAAAAUUGAAAUACUCAGUACAUUAUAUGAAGAACCAGAAAUAAAUCCAGAAGAACAUUUGGUACUUUUAAGUGUCAUAGAUAGAAAAUCCGAAAAAGAAAUGUUUAAGUUUGCUAAAUCGAUCCCUAAAAUUAGGGAACUAGAUGUAUAUUUGAAAUCUCAUAUUUCACUAUUAUCAUUACCUAAUUUGCCAGAGAGAACACUAUUUCAAACCAAUGUACCAAAUAAAGUUGCUUUAAGACGAGAACAGCUUAAUUCAUACUUUCAAAGCAUAUUUAGUAUACCUGACAUUCCUUCAAAUGUCAGUCUAAAAAUUGCACAAUUUUUAAGUACUGAUACAGUAGUAAACCCAAUGUUAAUGGAUGAUACUAUCAAGGAGGGAAAUGUCAUGGUAAGAAGACCCAAAAAGACAUUAGGGAAUCAACCUAGUUGGAAAAUCAAAUAUGCAGUAUUAAAUGGUGAUACCUUAUAUUUAUCGGAAGGAGAUCAAACAACAGAAAUUAUCAAGUUAAAGCAGUGUACUAUGGAAAUUAUUCCAAAUUUACCUGAUGACAAGUUUGGUACCAAAAAUGGGUUUAUGAUUAGUGAACAUAAAAAAAGUAGUUUAUCUUCAAGUUCCAAAUAUUAUAUAUGCACUGAAACGUCUAAAGAACGUGAAUCUUGGAUAUCAACUAUAAAUGAGCUUAUUGAUGGUCCAAAUUAUAUGUCACACAGCCAUUCUUCCAGUGUCAAUUCUUCAAAUCAUUGGCUAAACUUAUCAAAUACUCAUAACGAUCAGUGUAACACAAUAGCAAAGAGUGGGUCUUCAGCAAACACGAUUGAUAACAAUAUUGAUUCUACUAGCAAUUUAUUUGAACAAAAAUCAUCUCUAUUUGUAAAUAACCAAUAUACUAUGGGUACAACUACAACUUCUUCACCAAAACAAACAAUUGAUCAGAAUGGUGGUUUAGACGAACGAGAAGCAAGAAGAUUAAAAAUGAGAAGCAUAUUUCCAUUUAAAAAGUUGAAUUUAAAUCCGAUGACAUCAUAUGUUUCUACAUCCUCCCCACAUGUUCAAAAUAUAAAUGACAACUUAGAUUUUGAAGCUGUUACAAUAAUAUCUCAAGAUUCUACGGUAAUGCCUGUCGAUGACAAGCUUAAAUCCAUAACGAUUGAUUCUCCAAGUACAGAAUCAUCUGUCGUGAAAACUGUAUUUGGAUCUAAUUUGGAUGAAUGUCUAAAGUUGAGUUCACAUACGUACCAAAACAAAUAUGAAAUACCUAGUGUUGUUUACAGAUGUUUAGAAUAUUUAUACAAGAAUCAUGGUCUGCGAGAAGAAGGUGUUUUCCGUUUAAGUGGGUCAAGUACACUUAUUAAGAUGUUACAAGAAAGAUUUGAUAAAGAAUAUGAUUUCGAUCUUUGUGCUUAUGAAAAUGAUACUGAAGAUACUUUUGUAGGUGUUAACACUGUGUCUGGUUUAUUGAAACUUUAUUUAAGAAGUUUACCUCACUUAAUUUUUGGAGAUGAGCAAUACUCUUUAUUCAAACAAAUUGUUGAUGAAAAUUACUCAAGACCACAUGAGAUUGCAUUAGGAUUUAGAAGUAUUAUCGAAACAAAUAAAAUUCCUAGGGCAAAUCUAUCUCUGAUGUACUCACUUUUUGAACUAUUAAGCAGAAUUGCUGAUAAUAAUAAAUAUAACAAAAUGAACUUAAGAAAUCUUUGUAUUGUAUUUUCACCCACAUUAAAUAUUCCAAUAGUUAUGUUGCAGCCAUUUAUUGUAGAUUUCCAAUGUAUUUUUAAAGGAGAAGAGCCUACUCCUGACGAGGACAGGGAGCAGGUUGAUGUUCAUAUUCCACAAUUAUAA